CCAAAGAGGUGUUUGAUUUGUAGAGUAAACCAAUUUUUACUGUAAAUAUUUUUUUUUUUGCAGCACACUUUGUCAGCUCCAUAUGGAUCUCCCGCAGCUACCACCCCUGGGCCGCGUGCCUGCGAAGUCCACGGCGAAACACACGUCUAGCAGACUGAAAACAACCUCCACAGAAUACCAUCAAUUACCCUAUGGGAUGUCUUUUAUCCAGGAAAGCCAACUCACAAGGAAGAAUCUCAAGUCAGUUCUCCAUCUCAUCACGGCCGAGCUCAAGGCGCGUGGUACUAAGACCCCACACAUAUUUCUCCCCUUCCGAUCGAGGAUCGAUGAUGGGAAGUUGGAACGAUUUCUCAUGGAGCUUUUCCCCAUUGGUGGUGAGUUGGCUCCAGCACUGGAGUAUCUGGCCAUGUUUAAACGUACCGAUGAGUUCACCUUGGUGUGUGGACUUAAAUACCUCUGGUCAAGGCUCCCCAACAACGAGGUCAUUGGCUGGGACGUCUACCUAGAAUACAAACGCAAGGAAAAGGCUGCUGGAUAUCCUCGGAAUGCCUUCCUUUCCAUCAUGCCCAAGUGUUUGGGUAGUCCUGCUCAUGCUCUGAUAGUGUAUGAUUUUUUGGAUUUACUCAUCAAUGUGGCAAGUAACUCUCAAUACAAUUACCUUAGUGGCCGUAAAAUUGCCAAAAUGGCUUCUAUAUGGGCGUUCAAUUGUAGAGAAAGAGGUCGUAAAUCAAAUGCAAACGGUUAUUCUCUGGGUAAUGGGCGUGCCGCACAUCCUUUCUAUGACGCAACCCUCCCCAGUGAAUUCAAUUUCAUCGAAGGCUUGGAAUCUUGGAAACUGACCCUGGGUGCCCUAUUCCAUCUCUUAUUAUCAUUCUUAAGAGCAAUGUUGCCAGAUAGAGAGUCUGAAACUCUCAAGUUGCCCAAGACUUUGCAAUCUUUACUCAUCACUAACAGUUACCCUCCACAGGACAAUACAGAGCUGUUGAAACUGUUGAUCACCAUCCCCUGUGUGCUUGUACGAUCCACCAAACGGUCUUCCCUGGCAUAUGAACUUCUCAGUAAGGUGAGAAAUACCAUAUCCUUUGAUAAAAAGGAUGCCUUUGUGCUGGUGGAAAAUUAUACAAUCCUUAAAAAUAUUUUCCGGAAGAACUCCACUUCAGACAUAGUGGCCACUCUUACUGAAGAAUCUCGUCGUGUCCUUGGACGUAUAUCUGCUGAACCUAUUUGUUCGGAUUUCGGAGUUUACCCAGGAUGGUCCAGAAGUGGACAAAGUGGAGACUCUCAAAUUACCACACACAAGAAUAAUUCCAAUGGUAGCAUCCCUGAAGUAUUUGGAGAAAUCCAUUCAGAUAUCCCACUUGUGUCACAGAUCGUCAUUGUAGACGUGACUCUUCAAGACUACUACAUAUGGACUUGGUUAUCUUCAUUGGGGUCCGACCAAUGCGAGGAGAAUAAGAAGCUUUUUGGUCGCUCCUUGGUGGUAGAAGCGGGGCUCAAAGGGUUUGAAAAAUGGCUUAUUGUUACUGAAGAACUAAUUCCCCCAAAGGAAUAUUAUCAAAAGUUCAAAUCCUUGGACUUGCCUCCACCAGCAAAUAGGAGAUCUUCCGAGUCUCUGAAGAGUGCGUCUCCUCGUAUACCGUCGAAUGAGUAUAAGAACUUACCAUUGCCACCGAUUCCUGGCUCGGAGAAGCAAUCUCAUGACCACGAAGACCUGACACUGGACUUCCGUCCUAUUCUGGGAAUUGAUUUGGGAAUUUUACCUAUUAUAGACUUUGAUUCAACCAGAGAGACUGAGGGUACUCCAGUAAGACACCACCAUGAACCUCACCACCACCACCAACACCACCCUCAGCAGCAGCAGCAGCAUCAUCAUCAUCAUCAACAUCAGCAACAGCGAUCGACCCAGCCUCCACAGCUGACAAAUUACAAGACAUUUGAUCCUGGUGCCGGAAUAUCCAAGUUGAAUGAAGGGUUUGCAAAACAUUCUUUGAAUGCGAAGUCGUCGGCCCCGCACUCUAAUAAUCCAGUUCCUCCUCCAGAUAUUCAAAUUUCUGCCUCGACCCCCAAACCUACACCUGUGGCAGACCCAGCAUCAUAUUUCACGCCAAAGCUCGAACCUAAUGUCCCUACCAAGGAGCCAACUUCCCCAAUUCAUCUCAGGGCAGAGCCUGUAGCGGCCAACAAACAUAAUACAUAUUCGGAUGAACUGGACUUUGAGCCUGACAACAGAUAUACCCAAUAUUUUUCACCAGAUAAGAUCCCACUUGUGUUUGACUCACCAGAUAAAUCUCCUUUACAUGCCAAGGAACGUAGUAAUUCGCCCCAUAAGUCACCUACUCGGAGACUGCAAACCCCAGAAAAAUUACUGUACUCGCCCAAUAAGCCACCUCCAGAGAAUCACAACCAUUCGCCUGGAAAUCGUACUCUGCAUCCAGGCAGACCGCUGUACACAGAACCUUUUGAUAACUACCCAACAGACACGGAUACAACAUUAGUUGUAGACAAUAGUAUGUCCCAUCUUCAACGACGCGAACAGCCACAGCAAGACCCUUUUAAUAACUAUUAUAUUCCUUCUACUCAGUUUCAAAAGGACCUUGAAGGCAGAGAACCAAUCGGAGUAACUGAGAGAGAGGAAUAUGUUGCCCCAACUUCUGAAGAGUAUCAACCAAGAGAGCAAGCGGAAGAACAAGUUAGUCCUCGGUUACUUCAGGAGCAUCAUGAGCCUAAUGAUGUUAUUCGUCAACAUGCUCGGUCUCUCUCACCCGAGAAGUCUAACAAUGCAAGUCAUUCUGAUAGAGCUUACUCUUCUUCCCCAACGCGUACAAGUCCGGAAGAGUUGGAAGCCAAGCGAUUGGCAAAAGAAGAGAGAAGAAGAAAACGUAAGGAGAGAAAACGCAGAGAACUAGAAGCUCAGGAAGAUGAAGCUCGACUUCAACGGGAAUUACAAGCGGAAAAGGACAGACAGCAAACACAAGCUCACUCCCAUUCACAACACCCAGUUGAAUCCGAGAAUCAUAUUCAUUCUCAACCACAAUCACAAGCUCACGAGUAUCCACGUCAAACUGAAGCUGAAUAUGGUCCUGUCGAACAUAGACAAUCACAAGAUAUUCAUCCGGUAGAUCACCAAUAUCAGUCACAUAACCCACCGUACGACUCACACCCUGUUUCCAACUCUCGUGUACGUCAAUCAACUGAAACCCCAUCUGAAGAACGACCAACGACUACUUCUCCAAGUAGAUCACCACGAUCGAAAGACCGUGAACUACGUCGCAGAGAAAGAGAAGAAAGAAAAUUGAGAGAGUCUAUGGAAGGAAGAUAUCAGCGCGAGUCGAUACCCCCAUCUCUUCCACCUAAGGAUGGUGGUGCGGCUGUAUCCGAGAUUCCAUCUACUACUCCACGACUGCCUGUAGCUCAAACGGGAAGAUUACCCCAAUCCCCAGAGAGACUCCCACCGGCGCCAGAAGUUCCACCUCCUACCACCGCACCACGAGUCACUUCACCGGCACACACGCAUCCUUCGCCGUACCCACCUGGUGCUCCAGGAUUUCCACCUACGGGCUACGCGGGGUAUCCUGGGUACGGAUAUCCUCCUGCAGGGUAUCCCCCUGCUGGAUAUCCCCCUGCUGGAUAUCCACCUACUGGAUACCCACCACCACAUGGCUAUCCACCUGCGUCUGGAAACGGACACCCACCUCCACCUGGUCCAUAUCAAACUAAUGGAGCUCCUCCCCAACCAAAGGCAUCAUCUUCGCAUUCGUUACCUUCUUCCCAUUCUGGAAGUGCCUCACCUACCCAGCCAUCUUCCAGAAGAAGUCCACAAGCCCCCGCCACUGCUUCUAUGCCGCCACAAACCCAUUCAGCUCCACAUUCAGCGGGUGCACCCAGACCAGGUGGAACACCCACAAUGCCCCCAGGUGCACCAAUGCAACCACAUGGUUCUGCACACUCCAGUCCAAACCCAAAUGGUCACCACCCACCUCAGCAUUAUCCACCUUAUCCACCCGUUCCUGGUCAACCACCUAUGCCUGGCCAACAGCCUGGCUAUCCACCACAACCUUACGGAUAUAUGCCGCAACCAUAUUAUCCAUACUAUCCUUACCAACCUCCACCAAUGGGAUACCCUAUGCCAAUGCCAUACAUGGGUCCAGGUGGACCCCGUCCUAAGAGUUCUGAGAAGAAGAAACCGACUCAAACUACUAGCGAUCGUACGGUCAUGGGGAUGCCAGCUGCUAACAGGUAUGAUAAGAAUAAGCAACCCAGUAAAGCGAAUAUGCGUGCUGCGCUUAACCAAGGGUUUGGACUUUAG